AUGGCGCCAGCCCCGGCUCCAGUAGAAGUUUCCGAACCCUUCCCUAUCUCCUGCGUCGCAGGGCGAUACCUCCUAUUCGAUGUCGAUGUGAUCUCGCACGUUCGCCGCAGCCACAACAUCUGUGGCGUUCUAGUCGGCACAAUUCCAAACCUCUCGCAGCAAAACGUCUUCCUAGGCGUUCCACUCGAGCUCAUGCCUGAGGAGGCACGAGUGCUUGUAGAGGGAGGACAUGCGCACAUCGUUGAUGAUGUUGAGACACAUCGUCAGGGGUUUCAAGAGAUGAGCCGUGUCGACAGGCUCAAGUACCUGGCCGAGAUGGACCGCCAGGGUACUGAGGCUGCGCGAGAGAACAUGGCCGCGCAAGAGAAGAAGAAGGAUGCUGCCUUGAAGAAGAAAGGCUUGAAGUCGACUGUCGAGACUGAGACUGCCCCGAACGUCGCGGAUAGCACUGCGGCCAUCGAGAGCACGACAACAGCACCCAGCAUAGCUGACAGCACCACAUCUGACGCUACAGUGCAUGUAGAGCGACCUGGCUCUGCUGGCUAUGGUCUCGACACAUCAUCGUCGGUUUCAGUGCCGUCGGCACCUUCAGAGUCAUCGAGCACUGCCGCUUCUGAGCUAGGGUCGUCUUUCGUCGACUUGGGUUCUAUCAUGAAGGGGUCUUCGUUCCUGAACUCUCUUCCAUCAUCAGCAGAAUCAGAGCCUGCCGCAGCUGCAUCGGAUAGCCGAGUAACAACAUUGUCGCCGCAGACCUCUCCAGCGGCAUCCGCACCUGCCGCCAAGAAAGCCUCCAAGAGUGUCUUUGCUCAACGCCAGUACAUCACACCCACCACAUCCACACCGCCCUUGCCAAGCCCAGCACAAGAUGUCUCCCGACCUCUCCCAGUAGUCCCCAAGAGCUACCCGCUCUUCCGCUUCCUGCACUCACGCGGCUACUUCUUCAUGCCUGGUCUCCGCUUCGGCUGCAACUACUCUGUCUACCCCGGCGACCCGCUGCGGUACCACAGCCACUUCCUUGCUACGGGGCUGGGUUGGGACGAGAAGUUUGAUCUGUUGGACAUGGUAGGUGGAGGUCGCCUGGGUACAGGGACGAAGAAGGCGUACAUGGUUGGUGGAGAGGACCCCAAGGCGCCCAAGGAGGACAGUGUUCGCGCAUUCUCGGUCGAGUGGGCGUCGAUGUGA